UGUCCACAACCAUCUCCAGAAAGGCAGUCGCGUCGUCCACCACCACCACGCACACCAACCACCUCCACCCUCCACCAUGUCUGGCCAAGGCGACCGCUACAAUGUCUUCCCUUCCCGCAUGUCACAGACGCAGAUGAAGACGCGUUUGAAAUCUGCAAAGAAGGGCCACAGCCUGCUGAAGAAGAAGGCCGAUGCCCUCACCCUUCGAUUCCGUGCCAUCCUCAAGCAAAUCAUCCAGAACAAAACCCUGAUGGGCGAGGUGAUGCGCGAGGCUGCAUUCUCCCUGGCAGAGGCCAACUUCAAGGCCGGCGACUUUUCACACACGGUGCUGCAGAACGUGAACCGGGCCACGUUUAUGGUGAAGGCGCACAAGGACAACGUUGCGGGCGUGCAGCUGCCCAUCUUCCACCCUGCGCGUGACGGCAGCUCAGGGUUUGAGCUGACGGGUCUGUCGCGCGGUGGACAGGAGAUUCAGCGGUGCAAGGAGACGUGGGACAAGGCCGUCGAGCUGCUGGUCGAGCUCGCCUCCCUCCAGACGUCCUUUGUUGUGCUUGACGAGACGAUCAAGGCGACGAACCGCCGCGUGAAUGCGAUUGAGCACGUGAUUAUCCCGCGGAUUGAGCGCACGCUCUCGUACAUCGCGUCUGAGCUUGACGAGCGCGAACGCGAGGAGUUUUACAGGCUGAAGAAGAUCCAGGAGAAGAAGAAGGAGAUCAAGGACAAGAAGGAGGCUGCCGCCCUCGCUGCUCUUGGCGAAGCCGCAACCGAGGAAUCAAUGCCGAGUAUGCUGGAGGAAGAGGACGACGAGGAUCUCUUGUUCUAGGCACCAACACACACACACACACACACACACACACACACACACACACACACACACGAAGGAUUUGCUCGCUGCUUGCGUGUUGUUUUUGUUUUGCGGUUUGUUCUCAUGUCGCUCGCUUCUCGUCUGUGCUGAUCAACCACCACCAGUAGCAAUCAGAGUACACAAUUUGGUCCCAUGUAA